AUGGAGAUGGACGACGACCCGGACCCAGAAAUGCAGACCGGAAGACCGGGCCACCCAAUUAGCAUCUCAAGCGGUUCCCCAUUUCAGGGAUCACCGUACCGUGGGCCCGGUUCAUACCAAGAGAGGAUGUCCGCGUACGAUUGGUACUUUACUCCUUCGUACCAUAAUUCUCCUACUCAACCUCCUUUGGUUGAACCCCAGUUUCAAGCAAUUUCACCUCCACCACUUCCUGUUGAGGAGCCGCCUCAACAGCCACCUCAGCCACCUCCCGAGCCUCCGAGGCGAAGGAGGAAUGCACGUAAAUUCGUGUGUGGAGGACCUCGUUUUAGUUCUCCUCAGGGUUCCAGUUCUUACCCUCCUAUUCCCGAGGACCCCCAAAUGGGUGGACCCUCGCACGCAGUGCCGGAGAACGAUCCUCCGCCGACUUCUUAUGCACCACCGCCACCGCCAGUGGGUUUCGACAACCUGAUCCCGACUUACCCAGGUUCAUCUGGGUAUAACCCAUCAGGAUACCCAUCAGAUUAUGGAACUCAUGAUCCAUAUCUCACUGCUGCACAGUACAAUGCACUUUAUCCUUCUUCUUACCCUCCAGUUUACCCAAAUGGAUAUCCGGUGCAGGGGUAUCAAUACCCCCAUACCAGCAACUGUGACAACUCGAGUUUCUGA